AUGGCCCUCCCACCAGAGCAGAUCAACAUCAAGCGCCGUCGAGAGGAAGAGCCCGUCGAAACAUUGUACAUCCAAGCUGCACUGCACCAGACCAAGCGCCGCUUUACAGACUUUGUCUUUCAGCGAGUCACUGUCAGUGCCAAGAAUAUUGAUGAUGCCGCCCCAGCACCAUCACACCCAGCCGCGCAGAGACUCCUACGCAGUCCCCGUUCCGUGAGCAGCUUAUAUGCUCCCAAGCAGCGAGCACCGCAAUCUACCUCAUCAAGCGGUGUGCCCUUGGUGCGCGCUACCUCUCCCGGCGCAGAGAUACGCGAUGCUCAACGGAAAGCCGCCGUGCAGAGAGAGGCCGACGAGCAGCGUAAGCGCGCUUUGCAACCAGCUCCUACUGUCCAGUCUGCGCCUGUGUCUCGUGUAGAUUCCCCAGUCAAGGGUGGAGAGAUCAGAGUCCUGCUCCAUCGCAUGGCCGGUCGCAUUCGCCUGGGCUCUCUUCGCGGCUCGGGUGGUAUUCAGAAGCGUCGUGAUGGAGAGUCUCCACGAGUGGCUGUUCUUGUUGAGCAGCUCCGACGUAAGCCGCAUUCCCGGCAGGCUUCUAUGGUUGCGGAUCUUGUUGGUCGGGCACCGGCUGAUGAAGCCGACGUCGAGGCUCAGGACAUGGUAGACACCUCACCUGUCAAGCCCAGAAAGCGACCUGUAGUCAACCAGGCUGAGAAGCGAUGGAGAGAAGAGCGACAGAACGCUAUCUCGGCUGCGAAGCAGCAGAUUUCUGACACCUUUGAAAAGGCCGCGCAGGCGAAGCAGAGUACCUGGGACGAAGAAUCUGAGAAGCUCGCCCGUGAAUUUGAACAAGUUGCGCUGGAGAUGGAGCAGGACAUGGAAGUUGACCAGGACGAAGGCCCCGUCGCACCUGUGCAGCCAACUCAAUAUGCGCCCGUUUCUGCGCCAAAGCCAUUGAAAUUUCAACCGCGUUUACCGAAGCAGCCUCGUGUAGUUCAGCCACCACCCGAGUCGAAGAUUGAGGAUGCUUCCGCUCAGGCGGAAGAUAACGAGGAUGACUAUGUUUACGACUCUGAUCAGCAGAUGAAGCAGAUUGAGGCAGCCAAUCGGGGCAUUGGAGUCAUUGUCAUCACUGCAGAAGACGAGGACGUAUGGGAACAUUUUAUCGAAGAUGAUGAUGAGGCAUGGGAUAGCGAGGACGCUGAUUCCAAUGCGGAGAAUAAUCCAGCCAACGACUACCCAGAUGAAGAACUUUCGUCUGAAGAUGAAAAUGACGAUCCUACUGCCAUUUACGGUAAAUAUCGCCGCCAAGCCGUGUCUGAUGAUGAGGAGUUCGAUCUCGAUUACUCGGAUAACGAGGGUGGAGCCCAAUUUGGAUCUGGAUAUGGAUACCAACGUCGGUAUGGCGGCAUGGAAUCCGACGAGAGCUUCUGA